GAACACUAUGGACAAAAGAUAGCCGUUUAUAUUACUUCACAAACAAAAAUUGAAUCAUUCAUUCCAAAUCCAUGGCCGAGACCGAGCAGGCCAAACCUUUAGCUCCAACUUUAUUCCAAUCUCGUAGCGACGAAGAAGAAGCAAUAUCUACCCAUUUAGAGCUUCACCAGAAUCGAAAAUUCCUCAAAUGUUGCGGUUGUUUCACUGCUUUAUGGUUAAUUCUUGCCGUAACCAUUUUAGUUAUGUUCUUCACUGUUUUUCAUGUCCAAGAACCAGUAAUCAAGAUUAACAACAUAAACCUACUGCAAUUAAAUCUUUAUAACAACGGAACUCUCCGCACCGAUACCAACGUGAAGAUUGCAGUUGAAGUUUCUGUAAAAAAUCCUAACGUUGCCUCCUUCAAGUUCGACAAUGGCACAACAACUGUUCUUUACGGUGGAGUGAGAGUCGGCGAGGCGAUAACUCGGUCGGGCAAAGCAAAAGCAAGGCGGACGAUUUAUAUGAAUGUUACGGUUGAUUUGAGUCCUGAAAAGAUUCUGGGUGUUGAGAGCUUUGGCAGAGAUGUAAGUUCAGGAGCUUUGGCCAUGAAUAGCAGUACAGUAAUUGGUGGGAAAGUGAAGAUAGCUAAGAUUAUCAAGAAAUAUAUUAUAGUGGAAGUGAAUUGCAGUGUUACUUUCAAUUUGACAAGCCAGCAAAACAUUCAAUCGCAUUGCAGACCACAUUUCAUUUGAAAGCAUCAAAUAAUGCUGAUUUUUUGCUAUUAAUACUUGAUUUUAACAGUAAAUUGUUACCAUAUUUACAUUUUUGUUUUUGUUUAUAUAGAUAUACAUGAGUUUCCAAUUAAUAGCAUUAUCGUUAUGUUAAGGGUUCUUGGUAUACAUAUAUAUAUAGAGAGAGACAGUUCUUGCAUAGAUAAUACAGAAGCUUUUCUUGAA